AUGGGCUCCCGGGGGGCUCUGGCUUACUGGGGGCUUCUGGAUUACAAGACGGAGAAGUAUGUGAUGACCAGGAACUGGCGGGUAGGCGCCCUGCAGAGGCUGCUGCAGCUGGGAGUUGUGGCCUAUGUGAUAGGGUGGGCCCUCCUCACCAAAAAAGGCUACCAGGAACGGGACCUGGACCCGCAGAUUUCCGUCAUCACCAAACUCAAAGGGGUUUCUGUGACCCAGAUCAAGGAGCUGGGUAACCGGCUGUGGGACGUGGCUGACUUCGUGAAGCCACCGCAGGGAGAAAACGUGUUCUUCUUGGUGACCAAUUUCCAGGUGACACCGGACCAAGUUCAAGGCAGAUGCCCAGAGCAUCCCUCUGUCCCACUGGCUAAUUGCUGGACCGACGAGGACUGCCCUGAAGGGGAGACAGGGACGUACAGCCAUGGCAUCAAAACGGGCCAGUGUGUGGUGUUCAAUGGGACCCACAAGACCUGUGAGAUCUGGGGCUGGUGCCCAGUGGAGGGUGACACCGUGCCUAAGAGGCCCCUGCUGGUCCAGGCGGAGAACUUCACCCUGUUCAUCAAAAACACGGUGACCUUCAGCAAGUUCGACUUCUCCAAAUCCAACACCUUGGAGACCUGGGACACCAACUAUUUCAAACACUGCCGUUACCAUCCACACUCCAGCCCCUACUGCCCCGUGUUCCGCAUCGGGGACCUAGUGGCUGAGGCCGGGGGAGACUUUGAGGACUUGGCGUUGCUGGGCGGCUCCGUGGGCAUCAGCGUUCACUGGGAUUGCGACCUGGACGCCGGGGGUUCAGAUUGCUGGCCCCACUACUCCUUCCAGCUGCAACAGAGGAGCUACAACUUCAGGACAGCCACUCACUGGUGGGAGGCUUCAGGCGUGGAGGCCCGGAGCCUGCUCAAGCUCUACGGAAUCCGCUUUGACAUCCUCGUCACUGGGCAGGCAGGGAAAUUCGGGAUCAUCCCCACGGCCAUCACAGUGGGCACGGGAGCUGCAGGGCUCGGCGUGGUCACCUUCCUCUGUGACAUGCUGCUGCUGUAUGUGGACAGAAAAGCCCAUUUUUACUGGAAGAAAAAAUAUGAGGAGGCAAAAGCCCCAAAGAUGACUGCCAAGCCCGCAUGGAUCAAACCUGCUUUCUCACUUGGAGCCCGGCCGCCCAGGUGCCUGAGGCAGGGCUCAGCGCCUGCCCCCAGGCCUGCCCAUUCCUGAGCCUGUACUGACCCCUGCUUGGGUGCUUGGGGGUGGGGGCCCUGCCCGGGGGACCUCAAGGACAAAGCCCCUAUAGGAGUGCGGUGAGGGGAGAGGGAGGAAUUCCCCUCCAACUCCUGGACUGACCGUCCCUCUGGGGCCUGGGGAAACACAGAAGCCACGUUUUUGUUUGGAGAAGAGCAGUGGAGAUGGGGUCGGCCGUGGAGACGGUGACAGGUAGAGGGCCACCCCUCCCCCAGCUGACGAGUGCCAGGCAGUGGGGCCAGAGUUGGCAAUCCUUGGCUCCUUGGGGACCUCCUAUAUGCCUCUUUGGAGACCCCCAACUCCUUAGAACCUGCACACCACGGGAGUUCCGGCACCCUAGGGGUGGGAGACUGUUCGUCUGGGGUUCAUCACACUCUGGGUCACAUCUAGGGACCUUUCAGGGCAGCUGCCCACUCUGCCCAUGGGAGGUCCUGACCUUGACCUUGGGUAGAGCAGAGUGGCUGGAUGAAACGUCCCCAAUAAAGGACACAGAGCUCCUCCUCAGGCUGGCCAGGUUCUGGCACUGGAAUCCCCUUGGUGGUGGUGGGGGGGGGGCAAGUCCUACCAAUCUCCCUGUGCCCCCUGACCCAUGGUCCAAACUCUCACUUGAUCCCAGCGUGGGGCAGGGGUUUGGGGGGUACCCACCCCAGGGAGCUGAGGGGCUGCCUUCUCCUGCUGGGGAGGGCACCUGCGAGGGGUGGAGUCACCUGGGGCUUGCAUCUGGAAUUUUCUGACACUUGCAGCCUCUGCAAAGCCCUUAGGUUCCCUGCCACCUUCAGUCCCCUGAGACUCAUUUCUAGGGAAGCAGGCUCUGAGGGGCUGGGCGUGGGCAUGGUCUCCUGGUUCCUGGAGGCAGGUCCCAUGGCCCCAUCAUCCUCUGGGAAAGCGGACAUCACUGCUGGAGUAAAGCGUGCCAAAG